ACCGGUCCGUCUCCUACGUUCCGUUUCCCUGCACGCUUUUUGUUUUUUUAUUGCAUCCGAGAGGGGCUUCGUUCCUUUCAGGGUGCAGCAUGCUGACAACUAAGCUGUACACCUUGGUGCUGGUGGUGCAGCCGCAGCGCGUCCUGCUUGGCAUGAAGAAGCGUGGCUUCGGGGCCGGCCUUUGGAAUGGCUUUGGGGGAAAGGUGCAGGCAGGGGAGACGGUGGAGCUGGCAGCCCGAAGGGAACUUCAAGAAGAGAGCAGCUUGACCGUGGACAUCUUACAGAAAAUGGGUCAGAUUACCUUUGAGUUUGUAGGCAACUCGGAGCUGAUGGAAGUCCAUAUCUUUCGCGCUGACAGUUUCCAUGGAGACCCUACCGAAAGUGACGAAAUGCGCCCUCAGUGGUUUGACGUGGACCAGAUACCUUUCAAGGAGAUGUGGCCGGAUGAUAUCUAUUGGUUUCCUCUUCUGCUCCAGAAAAAAUAUUUCAUGGGCUAUUUUAAAUUUCAGGGGCAAGAAACUAUCUUAGAAUAUAGCCUGAAGGAGGUGGAGAAGAUGGAGACAUAAUGGACCAUGGCAGGCAAAGAACCACCGCCGGCUCUAUAGCAACACAACUCUCCUGCCAAAUUCAUCGAUAAUUGACUUUCUAGAGGAAAAAAAAAGCCUUCAAAACGACUUGUUCAUGUACAGAAAUGUGUUCCGUGAUCAAAGAGUAUUAAAUUAUGGGAAAAUACGGUCCAACCAGAGGAAGAAAUGCCGGGAUAGCCUCAAUACCAUGAAGAAAAAACGCUUUGAUCGUACACAUUGCAAUAAAUUCAUUCAACAUGAAAUAAACUUUCAAACUUUUAAUAGAGUUUUACAUUUCUCUUCUUACAAAUAGAUCUUUUUUUUUUUGCAACUUUUGGGGCAGGGGGCCUGGGGAUGUCAGACUCCGUAAACAUUUAUGGAAAUAAAGACAUUCUCGCCAUUUAAUAAAGUGCUUCAUUUA